AAUAAACGAACCACAACUCUCAAUGGAAUUCCCUUUUCAUUAAGUUAUGAGGUUAUAGUCUGGAAGUCAAACUUUGCCCAUAAAAAGAACUCCCCCAUCUUUCAUUUGAAAGAAGUUUUCUUCGCUAUUCCCUUCAAUAUCUCGGCGACACAGAUGGCGGCGACAACGUUCUCCCACCUCCGGUACUCCGACAGCCUCACCGUCGUCGGCAUCUCAAUCUGCACUGCAGUAAUCUGCGAAGCUAUCUCAUGGCUUCUAAUCUACCGCACCAACUCUUACAAAUCUCUGAAAUCCACCAUCGACAAGGCCUCCAAGAAGCUUGAGACCAUGAAAACCCUUGAAUUAUCCAAUCCCGCUGCUUUCUUGACCACUAAAAAGUCCAAAACUAAGAAAAUCGAUCGCGUCGAGACCUCACUCAAGGAGUCCAGUCGCGACCUCUCACUCUUCAAGUUCAAAUCAGGGUUUGUAGUGGCGGUGGUUCUCUUUCUGGUCUUCGGGUUUCUCAACAACCUGUUUGAGGGGAAGCCAGUGGCGAAAUUGCCCUUUGUGCCCAUUCGGCUCGUUCAGAAGAUGAGCCACCGAGGGUUGCCCGGGGAGGAUAUGACGGAUUGUUCAAUGGCAUUUUUGUACUUCCUUUGCUCAAUUAGUAUUCGCACAAAUCUUCAGAAGUUCUUAGGGUUCGCACCACCGCGCGGAGCUGCUGGAGCUGGCCUCUUCCCUAUGCCUGAUCCAAAGACCAAUUGAUCCCGGUGAUCCAAAUUCUUGUCUUAUUAAUAAUUUAUUUUUCCAGUUUACCUUUUUGAAUCUAUUUUGAGUUUUUGCUAUUAGAAAUAGCUGUUUCAGAUUUUUGGUUUACACUUUGAUGAUAGCAAUAAUUUUAUCUCGGGGACAUAGUUUGUUUCAUAGAAACUACGUUCAUGGAAAAUGUUUUAUCUUUGCUUGACCAUUUUCAUUGAAA